AAUAGAAUUGAGACAGGUGAUGUUGAUGGAAUCGAUAGCAUUAGACAUUGGCCAUUGGAAAGGCAAGCAGCUGAACAAGAAAUAAGCAUGAAAAAAGAAUAUGAAAGAGAUUGCAAAGAAGAAGAAAAUGACGAAGCACACAAAGAUACAGCUGAAAGAAAAAUUGACUAUGAAAGUGAAGUUCAAAGCUAUCCGCAAAUGAAGGCACUAAAAGUCGAAAAUAGAAUUGCGACAGGUGGUGUUGAUGGAGUCGUUAGCAUUAGACAUUGGUCAUUGGAAAGGCAAGCAGCUGAACGAGAAAUAAGCACGAAAACAGAACUCGAAAGAAAUUGCAAAGAAGAAGAAUAUGGCGAAGUACACAAAGAUGCAGCUGAGAGAAAAAUUGCCUAUGAAAGUGAAGUUCAAAGCUAUCCGCAAAUAAAGGCUCUAAAAGUCGAAAAUAGAAUUGCGAUAGGUGGUGUUGAUGGAAUCGUUAGCAUUAGACAUUGGCCAUUGGAAAGGAAAGCAGCUGAACAAGAAAUAAGCAUGAAAAAAGAAUAUGAAAGAGAUUGCAAAGAAGAAGAAAAUGACGAAGCACAAAAAGAUGCAGCUGGAAGAAAAAUUGACUAUGAAAGUGAAGUUCAAUGCUAUCCGCAAAUGAAGGCACUAAAAGUCGAAAAUAGCAUUGCGACAUGUGGUAAUGAUGGAAUUGUAAACGUUAGACAUUUGCCAUUGGACAGGCUAGCAGCUGAAAGAGAAAUAAGCACGAAAAUGAAUGCAGUUGAAAUCAAACCAAAAAGAGUUUCAUGGAAAAUUAAAUUAGAAAAAUGGUUUAAAAGGAUGAAAAACCGACUCACUAAGAGAGAUGGAGUUCCAUAUAAAGAACUGAGUUAAGCAUUCUUCAGUCAAUAAUAUAUUUUAGAAUUUUUGACUAAGUGUUUAC